UCGUGUCGGGAUUGGAAUGUUACAGAGUAACAAUCGAAACAUUUGAGCAUUUGGUAAUUGGACACUAGAAUCAAGGAAUCCCGUUUUUAUAACAAUUUCAAUGUAUUUGCAAAGUCACAUGGUAACUGGAAAUACUGUUUGAGGUCGUUGCGUCAAUUUAUUCGUUUAGGCAUACGCCUAUCUCCGAUGAGAUUAUUUUUGCGUGUAUGAGGUCUGUCGGGAGAUUAAAACAUAAGAGAAAUGCAGGGAUUCGUGAGGCUACAGUUGCACUGAUGAACUGCUCUUAUUCUACGACGGUUUCCUCGUUCGUUCAUUGAACCAUGGAGUGAAAUAUCACCGAAUUAUACUCCCGAGGCAUCUGGAUCUAAAAGCCGACCUCACCGAAGGCUUUAAACCACAGCCAGCGUGUUAACAAAUCUUAACCGUGGGAUACAUUUUCUGUGUUGGCCAAGGCAGGAAACCACAUGAACCCCUGCCGCUACUCUACAGGGGAAAGAGUUGGUAAAACGCUUCGGGCAUCUCUAACCAGGCGCAGUUUUACAUUUGAAUACAGACUGGCUGAAUGAAGGAGGGAGAGGGAGAGAGGGGCAAAGGGAGUAUAUGAAUGCUUUUACUUGGUCGAGGGGGAUUUUUGUUGCCCAGAGACACUAUAUUGUGAAAUGGACAAACUAGAUAGAGAGAGAGAACGCAUUUAAAAUCGCCCACAUGCGCUGGAUCAAUCGCUGGAUUGGGGAACGGAAUACGAAGAAGGGGGAAGACGCGAGUUUGAAAUCUUUGCAGGCUGGAAGAUGGCGGAGCGGUGUAGUUGGAGGUGGUGAAAGCCUAACUUCGGGACACUUCAAUUUUAUUUGUAAAAAACUUGCCCCUAUUCGUAGGACACAUGCAGGCCAAAAAACGAUAUUUAUUCCUGCUCUCCGCCGGUGCAUGUCUAGUUCUACUGUUCUACUUUGGAGGGGUACAACUUCCAGCGUCGGGCAGAAACCGGCAUGACCGUAGCCACAAUGGAUAUCGCCCCGACCAGCCGUGGCCACACUUCUCUGACCCAUUACAACAGUUCCUACCUUGGGAUCAACUGGACACUGAGGAGUACAACAUUCACAUAUCACCGAGGCAGAAGAGGGACGUUAAUACAAGCGUGUACAAAGGCAAAAGAUGUCGCAUGGAUUCGUGCUUUGAUUUCUCUGCAUGUAAAAAGAACGAUUUCAAAGUGUAUGUCUACCCCCAGCAGAAGGGGGAGAAAAUCUCAGAAAGUUACCAGAAUAUUUUAUCGACCAUUGAGGGAUCCAGGUUCUACACCACUGACCCGGGACAAGCUUGUCUAUUCAUCCUGAGCUUGGACACCCUGGACCGGGACUCGCUCUCGCCACAGUACGUGCACAAUCUCAAAACCAAGGUCCAGAACCUUCAUCUCUGGAACAACGGCAGGAACCAUCUCAUAUUUAACUUGUACUCUGGGACAUGGCCGGACUACACGGAAGACCUAGGUUUCGACAUAGGCCAGGCCAUGUUGGCCAAGGCCAGCAUCAGUACCGAGAAUUUCAGGCCCAACUUUGACGUGUCCAUCCCGCUGUUCUCCAAGGAGCACCCUAGGACCGGAGGGGACAGGGGGUACCUAAAGUACAACUCCAUUCCACCUUUCAGGAAAUACAUGCUUGUGUUUAAGGGGAAACGAUACCUUACAGGUAUAGGGUCAGACACGAGGAAUGCCUUAUAUCAUGUCCAUAAUCAGGAGGACGUGGUGCUCCUCACCACCUGCAAACACGGCAAGGAUUGGCAGAAACACAAGGACGCACGCUGCGACAAGGACAAUGCAGAAUAUGACAAAUAUGACUACAGAGAGAUGCUGCACAACUCCACUUUCUGCCUGGUGCCUCGGGGCAGACGCCUGGGAUCCUUUCGCUUCCUGGAGGCACUGCAAGCAGCCUGUGUGCCUGUGAUGCUGAGUAACGGUUGGGAGCUGCCCUUCUCUGAGAUCAUCAACUGGAACACGGCGGCCGUCAUCGGGGACGAGAGGCUCCUGCUGCAGAUCCCGUCCACGGUGCGCUCCAUCCAUCAGGAUAAGAUCCUAGCUCUGAGGCAGCAGACUCAGUUCCUGUGGGAGGCCUACUUCUCCUCCAUGGAGAAGAUUGUGCUGACUACUCUGGAGAUUAUCCAGGACCGGGUGCUGCAGCAGGAGUCCAGGAGCACCUUGAUGUGGAACAGCCACCCUGGGGGGCUCUUCGCCCUGCCACAGUACUCUGCCCACUUGGGAGACUUCCCCUUCUACUACGCCACCCUAGGUAUAAAACCGUACCCCAAGUUCACGGCUGUCAUCCAUGCAGUCACCCCCCUGGUCUCCCAAUCCCAGCCCAUCCUCAAGCUGUUGGUGGCUGUUGCCAAAUCACCGUAUUGUGCACAGAUCAUUGUGCUGUGGAACUGUGACAAGCCUCUCCCUGCUAAGCACCGCUGGCCUGCAACCUCCGUGCCCGUCAUUGUCAUCGAGGGAGAAAACAAGGUGAUGAGCAGUCGCUUCCUGCCCUACGAGACCAUUGUCACCGACGCCGUGCUCAGCCUGGAUGAGGACACUGUACUCUCAACCACAGAGGUGGACUUUGCCUUCACGGUGUGGCAGAGCUUCCCAGAGAGGUUGGUGGGCUACCCGGCCCGGAGCCACUUCUGGGACAGCAACAAAGAGCGCUGGGGCUACACUUCCAAGUGGACCAACGACUACUCCAUGGUGCUGACCGGAGCUGCCAUUUACCACAGAUAUUACCACUUCCUGUACACCAAUUUCCUGCCAGACAGCCUGAAGGGCAUGGUGGACCAGCUGGCUAACUGUGAGGACAUCCUCAUGAACUUCCUGGUGUCAGCCGUCACCAAGCUGCCGCCCAUCAAGGUCACCCAGAAGAAGCAGUACAAAGAGACCAUGAUGGGACAGUCGUCGCGGGCGUCACGCUGGGCUGACCCGGACCACUUCGCCCAGCGGCAGACGUGCAUGAACAAGUUCGCCAGCUGGUUUGGCGGCAUGCCCCUGGUCCACUCCCAAAUGAGGCUGGACCCGGUGCUGUUCAAGGACCAGGUCUCCAUCCUGCGCAAAAAAUACAGGGACAUCGAGAGGCUCUGACAGGACGUGCGCCCCCUGCUGGAGAGGCCGGGGGAGGCGUUAGCGGUUGUAACAGACAGACUCGCUGGAGAGCAGCCGUAGGAGGACCACGACAGUGGCAGUAGGACAGUCAGCCAACCUGGAGCCUGAUCCUAGGGGGCGCUACAGCUCUGUCUUCCACUCAGCACAUUGCCAAUGACCACAGGACUUGACAAGUGAAACAAGGGAAAUUGCGGUCUCUGGAGAACUACGCGCAUACACACACACAAAGGAUAUACAGAUCUAUAGUAUGUUCACAUAAACACACAAACUACUGACAAUGAGACUCUUAGAUAUAAUAUUUUUUUUGUAUGAAUGCCACAAAGGAGCGAAUGAUGACAGACUUUCCUGUGACUCAUGUGCAGGAUGGUAGAGGAAGGGAGGUGUCCAACAUGACAACCCAACCACAGAUCAUAUCCGCCACGGACUGGUAACCUAGACUCAAUGCAACCCUUCCUAACCUCACCUUGACCCCUUCAUGACCUCCCUAUGUCUGCAUCAGAACCCCUGACGCAUUCACCACCAGCCCCUUCUCUGGACCCUGGGAAACCCUAUAACUAUUUCUUUCCUUAUUUUUCGACCCAUACUUCCCUGCUAUGUGUUCGCUGGGGUUUGAAGCGUUGGGGGCGUCUUAUCUUCCUAAGAACUGUUCUGCGAUUUAAUCAAAUUCAGCAUUUGGCGGUCAAGGUCGAGAAAGUAGAGUUUUUGUUAUUCUUUUACUGGAAGGGCAGAUUAAAAGCGGCCAUUUUGAAAUGGUGCCACUCGUAUUGCCAUGCGGCAGUCACUAAACCCACGGAAACAUGAACUCUAUGCUCAUUCCUUGAAUUUCUGAUAGCUUGAUUUCUAUUUCUGGCAGAUUUAUCGCAACGAUAAGCCUUUUUUCCCUUCAAAACUCUCAAAAGCAGUGUUACUUUUCUUCUCGUGUGUUUAUUUUCUCCUCAAAAGUUCAGCUCCAGUGUGUGUACAGAGGCUAAAAGUAAGCUCAUCCAACCAUAAGCCCAAACAGAGUACUUUCCCUCCGUCGGAAUGAGCAAAAUGAACAUUUCUCGAUGAAAUGGAGCAGAACACUGCCUUCUAAACCAAACCCUUUUCACCCAUUUAUUUCCCCUUUAUUGCUUACGAGCAUUACCGUGGCAGAAGAAGUGUAUGCUAAAUUUAGAACCUAACCAGUUCUUUAGUUGCCUGCGUCAUUUCCACAGUAGUGUUAAGAGAUUCUGGAGAUGUAAGUGUGAAACGUGUCUGUUGUGCCAUGUCCCCGAAAUUCACAUUAGUGCUGCCUUUUUUAAAAUUGCUUAUUGCACAGAUUUCCCAUAAAUCGAUAUCAAAAGCAGUAGAAGAUACUAUAUAGUUGAAAUGCCCUCUGUAAUAUUUGUUAUUCUUCCAAGAUUCACCACAUCAUAAUGAUGCUGGUGGAAUAUAAGCCUCAAAGCCAUUCGAUAGACAUAGCCAUCUCCUACACCAUUCGUCAGGGGACAUAUGUUUUGUGUUCAAUUAGAGAAAGCCAUUUCAUUUGAAGUGUUGGGUUUCCCUGGGGAGCAGCCCUUGAUGAAACCUUCUGUCUCUAUAUUUCCAAUCAUGUCUGACUCUGCUCUGGAUGCAGUGACCCUCAACCUUGACCCUUUGGCUCCGGGUUUACAGAGAAAAGACAACCAGCUCCCCCUCACCUAGCCUUGUCGUCGUAAUGUUUUUCACCACAGUCUUUGUUCAGCAUUUCUGUUGCGCCAAGUCUUCCUCUGAUGCUGUUGUACUCACAAUACUAACUCAUCCCAGCUCAACUACAUUUGUCCUGACAAUUUGUUUUGACAGUCAUUGGUAACAGGUGUAUUGUGGUCGAAUAGGGGAAGAAAAAAAACUGUAUAUUUUAUUGAGCAAUUUCAAGGAAAUUGCUUCAAGAAAUGUGGAAGUUCAUGGCUGUAGAGUGAUAUCCUAUUGUGAAGAGGCUUUUGCCUUUGUGCCAUGCCAGAGCCCUGCCAGUCCACUUGAACAGGUACUUGAAUGUCUGAAGACUUGAAGUAGCGUAGUGUGCUUUAGUGACCUUUUUAUUGUGAAGGUGACUGAACUUAAAGGGCCAGUUUCCCAGACACAGAUUAAACCUAGUCCUGGGCACAAAAAAACAAAAAAACAUUUUCUCAAUGAUGUUCCAUGUUAGUUCAGGACUAUGCUGGAUCUGGCUCAGGGAAACCGGACAAUAGUGUGUCAGCUGUGAGCCAAAGCUCAACCCCCCCGUUGUGUAUCUGUCAUUUCUUAUUGAGGUCGUUAUAGACUCCUUCACAUUUGAUUUUGUUUUCAUAUCGGGAUACAAUCAAUGAAGGUCAGUGUCCACUAGGUUUAUACAUGGCCAAUGAGCUGAUGUUGUCAUCGGUGGGCCUGGGCUAUCUACUCUUGCCAUUCUCACAAUGUCAUAUAUGAUAUUAUCAUCAUCAACAUGUAAUACUACAGUACAGAUUAGAUUUAGUAGCUGGUAUAUUGUCAGCAUAUAAUUUUUUCACUACAUUUUUGCAUAUGUUUGUAUUUUCUUUCAGGAAAUGUACUCUGGGAGAAGGAGUUUGGAAUGAACUUGUAUGAUUUGAUAUUGGCCAAGAGAGAUUUACAUUGUAUUUGGUGCUGACUUGGAUCUCUUGGCACUAGACAUGCAUCUCAAUGAUAAUGAAAGGCGUUGGUCCCCGUUUGAAGUUCAGUAAACCAUCUUUGUUUGAAUUCAUGUCAAGUCUUCUUAGGAUUGUCUGAACUUGUUAUCAUCUCAAAAGAGAAAGUCCCCAGCCUUGCACAUUGACUUCAUAGGUGAAACCAGAGACAUUUCAGAAGAUCUUAACUCAUUUCUGUACAUAAACAUGUAUAUUUAUUUUCAUAUGUGAACAAAACCAGACCGUGUAUAGUAUGAAAUAGACAGGGGGAAAUAACAGGAUUUCUUGGCUGAGGGAACAGUUGAUGAGCAAAAAGAUUCUGAUUUUGUAAGUUGUACAUUUCUUUUUUUUCCCACAUUGUUGUCAAUAUAUAUUUUUUAAUUUCCACUGAAUAAAAACAUCCCUGUGUAGAGCAAUUGCAACCAUUAUAGAAAUAAAGUUUCCAUGUAAUUGAAUUCAGAAUCACCAAGGAGAUGAGAUGACACCAACUCAUCUAGAAUUUGAGUUGCUGUGAGCAUUUAGAUUCUGUGAACUGUAUUGCAAUAUGCAGCUGGGUCUCAUGUAACCGAUCACGCAUUUUCUAUUGUUGCUGUAAUAUGUCUUCUCAGAUUCACUGUAAUGUUUGUCACUGUCCACGUCUGCAUACUCAUUGAUGCUUCUGGGGAAACUGGCAACUCUCGGACCAUAUCUGGUACAAAUAUAGUCUACUCAAAAUGGUCAUGUUGAAUGAAAUAGACAUAUGACCUUGUAAUACAACAGUAGAUUGUCUCAGUUAAACAUAUCCUUCCAUAAUACCAUAAGAUACCAGACAUUCUAAUGGUUUAGCAAUGCAUGGCCUCUAUCAGUGUGGUUGGUUGGAUGUGCAGGAUGGUUACUGUCCUUGAUUGUGCCUUUAAAAAAUGAAAAUAAAUGUUGGUUUGUGAGCUCAUGAUAACACACACACUGCCAUUUUGACCAUUAGUCAGAAGAGGAGCACCAUACAAGGGUCUCGUUAAUCUCGACAUACACUGGAGUUUCAUCACCACUUUGUUUCGUCCACGACACCUCUGUUCUCUGUUGGAUACCAAACUGUGUUGACGACCAACAACGCGCCUGCAUGACCACUUUUUCUAUGGAAUUAUUUAUCAGUACUUAACUGUAUCACAGACGAGCUAUUUUUAAUGACUUAAUUUCCAGCUGUCCUGAUGCCUUCCUCCCUCCUACCUUGUAAUUAACAAAUUAAUUUUAUAGGGGUAAUAAAUGAAAUAGAAAAAUGAAGAUUUUGUAAGAAUGAUUUAUAUAUAAAAAAAAUACAUUUGAUCA